AUGAGCUCCCAGAUUCAUCAGAAUUAUUCCACGGAAGUGGACGCCACUGUCGCCUGGUCAACAUAUAUCUGCUGGCCUCCUACACCUAUCUCUCUAGGCUUCUAUUUUGAUUGUGACAAUGAGGCUCUGGAGGGCGAUGUGCAGAAGCCAUCCCAAGAUGAGUGGGAUAAAACCCUGGACACCAUGCCAACUGCCCUAGUUCUGGAGAUAAACCUGAACCAGGCCCUUUCAGUUCUGCAUGCCCUGAGAUCCAUCCAUGGAUACAGCCAUCUCUGGGACUUCCUGGAGAGCCGUGUCCUAGAUAAGGAGGUGAAACUCAUCAAGAAGAUAGAAACUACCUGA